ACCCAAGUCCCAGACAGAAACGCGAUAACGGCGGAUGAUGUAAGAUGAUAAUCGGAUGUGUUGUCCGAAGCAUUCGCUUUCUUAUCCGGUGCCCCUGUGCGCCGGCGGCGACAGGCUUUGUAGCUUCCACCGUCCCACCCCUCGCGUGGAAGAGUGGACUCGUUGAGCGGCGCUUUCUGCGCUCUCUCCCUCCCGUCGCCGAGGACCGGUUCGCUUUCUGUACUCCGGUCUCCGGUGUCUCUUCGGUCACUCCCACGUGGACAGUCGACAAGAAAGCAUGGCUCUCACGAUCAAGAAGGUGCUCAUCAGCGACGCCGUUGACGCGUCCUGCGUCAAAAUUCUCGAGAACAACGGCGUCCAAGUGACUCUCAAGACAGACUUCACCAAGCCAGAGCUGCUGCAGGCCAUCGAGGGCUACGACGCGUUGAUCGUCAGAUCCGCGACCAAAGUGACCAGCGAUGUCAUCAAAGCCGGCCAGGCUCUCAAGGUUAUCGGAAGGGCCGGCACCGGGGUGGAUAACAUCGACUGUGACGCCGCAACGAGACAGGGCAUCCUCGUUAUCAACGCACCUGGAGGGAACACGCUCAGUGCUGCUGAACUGACCUGUGCCAUGAUUGUGACCCUGUCGAGGGAGAUUCCGGCAGCGACAAUGUCCCUGAAGGCUGGCAAAUGGGACAGGAAAACCUUCAUGGGCAAUGAACUGUAUGGCAAGACACUUGCCAUCGUGGGUCUCGGAAGAAUCGGCAAGGAGGUUGCCCUUCGCAUGCAAUCCUUUGGCAUGAAGACAAUUGGAUUUGAUCCCAUCGUGCCCAAAGAGGUGUCCCGAGAGUUUGGUGUAGAGAGCAUGAGUCUCGAUGAAAUUUGGCCCCUUGCAGACUACAUUACGGUGCACACUCCCCUCAUACCACAAACUAAGGAUCUCAUUGGCAAGGCCAGUCUGCAAAAGUGCAAGAAAGGAGUGAAGAUCAUCAAUGUCGCCCGUGGUGGUAUUGUGAAUGAAGACGACUUGCUGGCUGCAUUGGAGUCUGGGCACUGUGGUGGUGCCGGUUUGGACGUCUUCCUCGAGGAACCACCCAAGAGCACUCAGCUGAUUGCACACCCCAAGGUGGUCUGUACACCCCAUCUUGGUGCGAACACCAAGGAGGCUCAACUGAGAGUGGCCCAGGAGAUCGCUGAGCAGUUUGUUGACUUGUCCCAGGGCAAGUCUGUGCCUGGGGUGGUGAAUGCCCCUUCACUGUCCCAAACCCAAGUGCCUGAAAACAAGCCAUGGGCUGACCUCUGUGUUGCGCUGGGCAAGGUUGCAGGAGCUAUUGUGGGAUCCCUCUCAUCGGGCCUUCAGCUGGAACUUGUCACAUAUGGCAACGAGCUUGAGAAGAAGGGUCAGUUCCUCAGUUCUGCGGCGUGCAUCGGUGUCUUGAAACACCUCGGUCACAGCCAGGCCAAUUUCAUCAACGGGACUGUACUGGCAUCUGAUGCCGGAGUCAAGGUGUCUCACAAGCAUUCUCAGGGGCCCCGCUUUGGAACCACUGAGGUGGCACUCACAGUGAAGUCUGGCCAAGCGACCCACACUCUUGUCGGUACUGUCAGUGGCCCCGCCCUGCUCCUGUGUGCCAUAGACGGGUCCACCUUCCAGCCAUGCCAGCUUCUCUCUGCUGGAGGACUGCUGCUGGGGAUUGGAGAUGACAGCCCCAACACCCUGGCACAAGUCAUUGGUGGAGUUGUGAACCUUGGAGUGUCGGUAUUCUCGGCCUCGCGUUCUUCGGGCCACGGUGGAAAAGCCUUCUACCUUUUCACUACUGGAUCUCCAGUCACAGCUGCACGAACAUCGCCUCCAGUUGCGCCGCUUAAAUUCUGGUCUUACAUCAACCUCUAAGUGACUGUCGUGCGUCUUGCCUUGGAUAUUUGCACGAUCAGUCUUGACCCAGUUUACACUGCACGUUCACCAUUCUUUACCCAGUUUACACUUGCAAUUUAUACUCGGGCGUUUCAAUAGGUGUCUUAAAUACACAUAAAGCAUCCCUGCAAGCUCUACUUUUUGAACUACAUGCCUUGCUAUUUUGAAACAACGUUAGACUCGCUUCGGCGUCGUUAUAUACAAUUGUUUACCGCAUGAACCGAAAAAUAAUUGAUCAAUAAAGAUGCAAGUUUCA